AUGAAAAGUAAUAAUCGUAAUACUUCUAAUGGGUUACACAGUAUGUCAGAUAAUUCCGAUACACAAAGAGACGUAGAAUUGGAAGAGAUUGACAUGAGUAAAAUGAAUCAUUAUACAUUCUAUCAAUCUAUGAAUGCAUAACAAACAUAAUAUGAAUAGAUAGAUGGAGAAAUCUUCAUUUAUGAAGUCUUAUAAAAUAUUGUUCACAAGACUAUCAAAAUAGCAGCAGAUAAUGAAAUAAAUAGAAAGAUUCCACCAACAACAGCAACUGCUUCUUUAUAACUAAUCAUCUUACCUCUAAUACAAUCCUUUAAUCGACCUGAAGAUCCAAAACCAGACUUUUAAACUGGUGGAUUUAAUGAAGACUAUGAACCUGUAAAGAAAAUUUUUAUUGAAAGCCUCAUAUCUUCAGAGAAUAAUGGUUGACAGCAAAAAUGAUAGUAGAAUAAUAAUAGCCCACAGCUAUUAGUAGACAAUUAACAACAGCUUAAACCUUAGUUAGAUCUAAGUUGAAUGUAAUAUUGAUGUAUAAUUAUAAAGGAUUAAUCUCAAAUAAAAAAAGAAUAGAAAUAAUUAGAUCCAAUUCCAAUUGAUCUUGAUGAUCCACUUGAUAUUAGUAUAACAGAAGAAUAGCUAAGAGCAGCUAAAGAAAAAUAAAUAUUGGAACGUCAAUAAUUGUAUGAAUAGGAAAAGAAAAGAAAAUUAAAAUUGGAACAAGAAGAAUAACUAAAAUAUGAAAUUAUUGCUAAAGAUAAGAAAUCAAAAUAAUUUACUUAUGAUUAUGAUGGAAAAUUAAUACCUGUUUCCACAACUAAAAUUACAAAACUACCUCCACCUACAUCUACUUUAGGGUAAUAGAAUAAUUUAUAAAAUAGAUCUAAAUUUGAAGAAGAAUUAAUUACAAAACCUAUACAAAAAAAGAAAUAAUAUAAUAAGUUAAAUACACAAGGGAAAAGAAAUGAUGAAGACAAGGAGUCUUUUAAAUUUAAUUAAUUAGCUCCUUUAGUUAUUGAGAAUAUGAAUUUGUAAUCAGGUGUGACCAUAAGUUAUGAAGGUCGUUUAAAAGAAGGACUUAAAUAUAAUACCAUUGAUUUGAAUAAUAUGAAUAAUCCUAAUUUAAGAAUGGCAAGACUUGAAUAUUUGGGAUUAACUUAAAUAAUGAAUUCCAAUAGAAAUUAAAUAAAUACUGGGAAUAUUAAAGCUGAAGAUAAAGAAAUUAAUUAAAAACCUAAUUUCAGUUAUGAAAAAUUGAAAAGAUUUACUUAAUAGUCUAAUACAGGAUAAGGUUAAAUUAAGUAAUAUUAAUGUCCCUUAUAAAAUAUAGAAUUAAUUCCACUAAAAUUUAUGAUUAAUUGGCUUCAACUUUAUUUGAAGAAGAAUCAAUGUCAUCCAUACCAAUUAAGAAAUCAUAAGAAAGUACUUAAAAAAUGUAAAAGAAUCCAAUUGAUUAAUUCAACCUAUCUUUGUAUUAGAAUACUUCAUGGGGGAAAGAAAAGUAAAAUUUAAAUGCAACAUAUACUAAAUUGAUAACAAAUAAGGCAAUUGAUAAGUUUAUGACCAUUUUUAUAAAAUAGAGAUUUAAAAAUGACAAUUGGGAAUAAGGAUAAAAGACCUAGAGAACGUAAAUUUUAUUCAGAAGGCAGUACAUUACCUAAUAUUAGAAGUCAACGUGUUUUUUAUAAAAUAUGA